AUGGAGAUCCCGAAAGCAAGAAGGUUCCUGCCAGAAAGGAGCUCCGUCAGCCUUCUCCUGAUUGUCAUAUUCAGUGUGUAUUGGACGUUGGAGGCAUUGGAGAUGAACACCGGUAAGAUCCCGUAUGCAGAGGUGUUGAACGGUAGCAAUGUUCUGCUGCCCUGCACCUACACCAGUUGUAUCGGCAUCACUAAACUGUACGUCAAAUGGGAGUCCAAUAUCAAUGGCAGCAUACAGAAGAUAAUGGACUCGAUGAUCCCAACGGAUAAUGCAGAGCCGGUGAACAAGAAGAUUUACAGAGAACGUGUGGAAUUUGUGGGGGUCCCAAAUACAAAUGAUGUGUCCAUAAAGAUCUGGAAUGUGACCUUUGAGGACGCUGGCCAGUACACAUGCUUUGGCAAGAACCCCAAAGAGAAGGGCAAGAACCACAGCGCAUACUUCACACUCUAUGUGGUGGAUGAAUUACGGGUUGUGGAUAACACUCUGACCCUCAUCAUCGUGUCAUGUGUGGGAGGCUGCAUAGCUCUACUGGUGAUCUUCAUGCUGCUAAAGAACUUCACGCUCUUCGUCCUUGCCAAGCUCGAGGAGAGAAAUAAGGAGUGCCUCGUCUCCUCAGGGAUCGAUAAUACGGAAAACGGACUGUCCGGCUCCAAAACGACACCCAAACCUACACCAAAGAAAGCUUGA